UCAGAGUCGCUGCUGCACCACCUCAAAAGCCGGAAUCCAAGCGAACUCCGCUUAUCAGCCAGCAGCCGCGACCGGACAUCCUGCGGACACAGAUCCUGGGACGCCCAUGUAUCAGGCUCCCAGUGAUAUCCGAAGGAUAUAGAUUUCCAGAGAUGGACUUUGGGAUCUGUUUCGGACGUCCACAGGAGAAAGUGUUCUGUCCGGGAAACGACUACCAAGCCGAGUUUGCCUGGGAACGCCUGUCCCGAGAAGAAGUCACAACAAUGUCAUAUCUGCUCAGAACCGCUCUCCGUCGACACCCAUUCAAGCCGGCUCUGUGUAUGUCUUCAUGUUCGACAGAAGCGGCAGAACCAAAGCCCAUCCCACCCUCGGAAGACCCAGCAAGGAAAGGGCAGAUAGCGAAACGUUAUCCUGCUUAUGUUCUACUUGAAGAAGGCAAGAAAUAUGUGUGGUGUGCCUGUGGUCUGAGCAAUAAGCAGCCAUUUUGCGAUUCCUCCCACAAGAAGAUGGAGCACCCGAUCAAGCCCAUACACUUUACUGUAAAGGAGACAAAGAAGUACCUUCUCUGCAGGUGCAAGCAGACGAAUAAUAGGCCGUUCUGUGACAUGACUCACGUUAAAACAUUCAUCCCCGAAUCUGUCCGCUCAAAGUUGAAGAUAAAGCUGUGAGCUGGAGCUGUUCGUAGGUCCCAUUUGACUUCUCAGUUUUUACCUGCCUUAGAGGAGUAGCCACGUUCCUGUUUCUCUGGUGUUGCCGACAGAUGCGUUCCUCAACGGGAUAUUGCUGUUGCCUUUUAGACAGAAAAUAAAGUUGACUAAUCAAGUA